UUACAUGUAGAUGUAGAUAUUUGUGUACACGUAGUCCCACAUGUUCGUCGUUAAUAAUAAUGUAAAAAUAGUUUUCUAAGUGCAUGUAACAAUAUUUAGUCAACGUAAACCAUCUUCGCGUUCUCUGUGCAAAAAAAAUAGUAGCCGGUUUUUGGUUAGAAAUAUAUGAUAAAAGAUAACCCCAAAUAUAAGAUGACAUUAUGAGCAUUGUUAUGAGGAGUUGAAUAAUAAAACAAGUUCAACCAUGUGGAAUAUAUCGAUGUCAACAAUUUAUCUUUUGGUCACAUCAAUAAUUUACUUCCUUUGUACCAAAAUAAUCUUCGAUAACGUAUACUUAACCUCCAAAGUUGUUGUUGACGAAGAAUUUCAUUUGGCAAUUGGACAGGCUUAUUGCAAAUAUGAAUAUAAUAAGUGGGAUCCGAAAAUUACCACUUUGCCUGGUCUGUAUUUAGUGAGUUCGUUCAUAUUGGGCCCCCUUAAACAAUGCGGCGUUUAUUAUUUGAGGUCGAUAAAUAUAGCAGCAUCUAUCCUAAACUUUUACUUGUUUUAUUUCCUUUUAAAGAUAUACAAUAAAGAUGAGCCUGCUUGGAAAAAUAUUUUGUCGGCAACAAACUUAGGGAUCCUUCCGCCUCUAUAUUUCUUUACACAUUUAUAUUACACUGAUACCAUGUCAUUGACAUUUAUUUUGUUGAUGGUAUUGUUUCACGAAAAGGGUUAUGAUUUUUGUGGGUCAAUUUUCGGAUUCUUUUCAAUUAUAAUGAGGCAAACAAAUAUCAUUUGGGUUUUGAUGAUUUUAGGGAAAAUAGUAUUAGAUGAAAUCUACCAUUGUUCAAUAAAACACACAAACAUUACCAUAGAAAGUUCCACUAAGGACAUUUGGACUUUAAAAGAUACAUUCCUUUUAAUUGUUAAGAGAUUUUUCUUGAAGUGCAGAUUGGAAUUUUGGUUUAGUUUUCUCGCUUAUUUAUCCAUAAUAGUAUCUUUUGGUGUGUUUAUUUAUUUAAAUGGAGGCAUUGUUGUGGGUGACAAAACUGCCCAUAAAGCCACCUUGCAUGUUCCUCAACUAUUUUAUUUUGCUUUGUUUUCCUGUUUCUUUGGAUGGCCAUUUUUUGCGACCGAAGUUUUUAAUUUUGUUAGAUUCGCACAAAAGUAUCUGUCCAGUAUUGUAACCAUGCUUGUGAUUUGUGUAUUGAUCGUGCAUCAUAACACAUUGGUGCAUCCUUAUAUGUUGGCAGAUAAUAGGCAUUACAUUUUCUAUAUAUGGCACAGAUUUUAUGCAAGAUAUGAAUCAUUCCGUUAUUUGAUAACUGUUGUCUAUGUGUUUGCUAUGUAUGUUAUCAUGAAAAAACUAUGGAGUCAAGAUGUUGGCUUUGCUUUGCCAUAUACUAUUUGUAUAAUUCCAGUACUUAUAAUGCAAAAAUUAAUAGAAUUUCGGUAUUUCUUGGUCCCAUUUAUACUGUUCAGACUGAAGUUAAAAAAUCCAACCGAAGAGAGUAUUAGUCUUGAAUUCUUGACAAAUGUUCUCAUUAACGUUCUCACAUUCUAUACAUUCUUUAAUAGGGAGUUAAAAUGGAAUAACUACGAUUAUCCACAAAGAAUAAUGUGGUAAAUGUAUAUUAUCUUGCUAUUAUAUUUGUGAUAAUUAUUUUAAGAAAAUUUUAUUGUUAUAAAUCUGUAAAGACUGUACAGCUGUGUAUUUACAUAUCUUUAAAAAUGUAAAUUAUUGUUAGAAUGAGUACUGUGUUUCUUGAAACAAAUGCUUCUGAAUCAAUUUAUUAUUAAUUAUAAGAAUAUUUUUUCACAUUUAUUUGUACUUAUUCAAUUUUUCUUCAUACAACACAUGUACCAUGUAAAACAGUUUGUUUCAUUUUUUAUAAAUUAACAGAAUUCUUAAAUGACUUAACAAAUAUUCUUAUAAUGUUUAAUAAAUUUCGCCUGGUUCAACUGAAAUAUCUGUUUCUAAAUGUGAGUUUUUAUUAAAAAAUAUAUUGCCAAACAUAGUAUUAUUUUAAUUAUUUAUGGCUUAAAUUAUACUUACAUUAUUCAAAUUAGUAUUAAUUGAUUCUAAGAAUUUGUAAAUAUUUGUUUUACUUUAAUAAUUAAUUAAACUUUCGAUUCUACCAACUUAUAAAUGAAAUUUGUUUACAAACACAUAUAGGUUACAAAUAUUAUAAUAAUGUAACCUAAAAGUAAAUAUAUUGCUAGCACUGGAUAAAAAGUGGGAGAGUGAAUUUCAAAUUGAUUGAACAAAAUCAUUAUUUAUUUCUUGAUUUAAAAGAAAAUAUGGACAUCAAUUGAAUCUGUACCAUCUUACUUAAUAAUAAUUAAAUAAACUUGAUUUUACCAACUUAUAAAUGAAGUUUACUUAUAAAUACAAAAAUAAUCUCACAUAAAAAUAAAUGUGUUGGCAGCACUGGCUAAAAAGUGGUGUAAUAAAUUUGAAUUUCUUCGAACAAAAUUUUAGAUUAAAGGAAAAGUUAGGGUACGUGUAAAAUAAAUCAGAAUGUUUCUUUUGGCUUUUUUAUUGUGGGAUAAAUUUUUCUAUGUAUGGACAAAAUCUAAUGAAAUACGAUUCAAUUCCUUUACAAAUUAAUAAUGUCUGUAAGCUUUGUACACAAUAACAUUAGGAAUAUCUGUAUGUAACAUUUUGUUUAGGUUCUUAAUUACACUAUUCUCACAGGGAAACAAAAAUGCAACAUUUUUGGCAAUUUGUAUAAUAAAGUAGAACCACAACAUACGAAUACAAACUCUUAAAAACGAAUGCCCAUAUCACAUGUUGGACUUGAUAACUGCAGACAUAAAAUAAUACAACUCAUUUUUAAGGGUCCGUCUUUAAGAAUUGGAAAUCCUGAUGCUGUUGUUUCACUGUAUUUUUUUUUAACCUACUUAUCAUUGCAAUACUUACCAAUCAAUACACUACAAGCACUAGAUUACGGAAAUAAUUGUCUAUUUCUUAAAUUUAAAUUAAAUAAAACUUGUACUGUGUGCUGCUUGUUGUCUAUUGAUCUGUUAACAAUACUAUAAUAUAACAUCUACUUAAGAAGAAAAAAUCAAUGCACCAUUACACAGAACAAUUAAAGCUACUCCUAUCUUUAUAAUUGGAAUUCGUCAGGAUAUGCAUAAUGACUUGCCAUAUUUUAUAAUUAAUCUAAAAAUAAUUGCUUGUCUUUAAUAACGGUACAUCAAUUAGACCCUUCUUAACAUCUGAACCGUGAAAAAAUCAAAAUUUCACAUGUCUGGCCUCAAAAAUGUAAUAAUCGAAUUUAAAAACAGCCAAAUAUUAUUAUAAUACUGCUAUUGUCUGUUUUGUAAAUUCUACAUUAUACUUACUAUAACUAAAGUCAAAUGUUAUCUGAUUGUAACAACUACGAUGCGAUCGGAUGAUCCUCUCUUGUGAACCUGCGAAUUACUACCUAAAAAACUACCUUAACUUUCGGUUGCAAUACUAAAGUGAGAAGAAAAAACUGAGUGUAUGAAAAUAGUUUUAUAAUUUCCUUAGUUUGAUGUCGACUUAUGAGAAACAUCGGAGAAAGACUUAGAAAAUUUUGAUUGAUCCACUUUACCCUAUUACACUGUAAAAUUGAACAAUGUACAUUAAAUGUAUGUUUAAAUGGCA